AUGAAUAAGGCUUCUUACCUGUCAAUAUGCGAGCUCAACGUCAACGGGCUCGGGAGCAGGGGGAAACAAAAACACCUGAAGGCGUGGUUAAAGAAGCCACCCGACAUCUUCGUUUUAAUCGACACACGCAUUGGUGCAGAUCAUGACUUCUGGAAGAAGCUUAAGGCUCCUCACUGUCACGCCGUUGGUCCUGCGGGGAAGGCAGGGGGAGUAGCUAUUUUGAGUUUUAACAAGCGUCGGUCUUUCUAUGGCGGAGUGCUGACCCCGUUUAUGGCGCACUCGGUGGGGAAGAAAAAUUUUGUUUUGGUCGGGGACCUCAACAUGGUGGAGGAUCCAAUCCUGGACAGAUCGUCGGGAGCGGGAUCGUCCGGGGAAAAUAACAGUGUGUUGCGGAUCUGUUCAGCGCACUGUCUCACCGACGCUUUUCGCUGGAUGAAUCCGGUGCUGAAGGAGUUCACGUUUCUGUCCAAAUCUGCUAAGACCAGCUCACGCAUUGAUCGAGCUCUCGUCUCAGCGUCUCUGCUGCCGUCACUUUCUGGUGCGUCGCACUGCCGGCUGCUGAAGGGCCUCUCUGAUCACUGGUUUGGUGUGAAGGUGACAUUCAAGAUCAGCCUGCGGCUAUGUAUGGGGCCUGGAAUAUGGAGGUGCAAGGCGGUGGAGAUUGGUAGACCAGGUGCAGCGAAAGCGGUUGCGAAGGUUCGAGAGAAGCAUGGAAAAGCGGGGUCGGGAGACUUCACUGCGCUCAUGAGGGAAAUGAACAUGGCGUUAAGGAAGUACUCUACCGAGGAGCGGAAACGGGUCAAGGCUACCCUUGCUCACCUGGACGCUGCGGUGGCGAGGUUACAGCAGGAGGUGAUGAGGCACCCUUCUUGCUCCGUCCGGAAGGAGGAGUUGAAGGUCAAGGAGUCUCAGUUAGCGGCGUAUCUUGCCUCCGAGCAGGAGAGGGUCUCUCUCAUGGCGGGGGUUAAGGAGCUGCGGGAGGGAGAGUUGCCUGGCAAGCUCAUGUCUGUAAAGGUUAAAACGCGGAAGGAGAGGACCAUGAUUACAUCAUUGCAAUGGAAGGGAACGGUGCGUAAGGACUCAAGAGGGAUACUGGAAGCUGCCUCAGAGUUUUACACGGAGCUGUUCUCAGAGCCUACCUCAACCACGGACAGUACCUUCUGGACGGUUGCCCCGGACAGGAAGUUGGGUGAAGAGCAAUCGCAGCUGCUGGUGGAAGACUGGUCAGAAGCGGAGGUGAAGGAGGCUCUUGACAGUAUGGCGAAAGGCAAGUCCCCCGGUGCUGACGGAAUCCCGAAGGAGUUCUUCAGUCAGCAUUGGGACUCGCUGGGGGGUGAUGUGCUCGGUUUCGCGAAGCGUUUCGAGGAAACGGCCGUUCUUCCUCCCGCGGCUUUGGAGGCGGUCACUGUCCUGCUGCACAAGAAAGGCGCGAAGGACCAGGUGCAGAACUACCGGCCGAUCACGCUGCUCAACAGCACGUACAAGCUGGUAGCGCGAGUAUUGGCAAACAGGAUGCGGAAAGUGCUGCACAAGGUCAUUUCAGAGGAGCAAUACGGGCUCUUACCGGGAAGAAGGCUGGCGGACGGUGUCUCACUGAUCGCGGACAUCGUCGAUGCGGCGAAGUGCAAAAACGCGGAUUGGUAUUUACUUCUGGUAGAUUUCCAGAAGGCCUUCGAUUCAGUUUCUCGUGAAUACCUCUUCGGCACGAUGGAGAGGAUGGGUUUCCCGCGGAAUUUCGUGAGGUGGUGCGAGGGUCUCCAUGCAGGAUCGACGACGAGACUGCUGCUGAACGGCUGGCUGGGGGAGCCGGUGGCGGUUAAGAAGGGGGUGCGACAGGGCUGUCCGCUGGCGCCCUACCUUUUCCUCUGCGCGGUGGAGCCUCUCUGCCAGGAAGCAAUAAGGAGGAAGUUGGGUAUAAGUAAUCCGUUCGGUGAUCGCCUUGCGUACCUUGGGUAUGCCGAUGACACCACGUUGGUGCUCCAAGGGAAAAGGCAGAUUGGCCGGGCGGUGAAGCUGCUGGAUGAGUUUGGUGAUAAGUCGGGGCUUCGCGUGAAUAUCGACAAGUCUGCCCUCCUUCCCCUGGGGAAGAACCUGCUCAAGAAACUGGACAAGUCAUCAGGUUUCAAAUGGGUGCGAUCAAACGAAGCGGAAAGGGUUCUAGGGGUGUGGAUCUCACCCUCGGGUGACGCGUCGGUGACUUGGGAAAUUACUCUGUCACGGGCAGCGGCGGAGCUGGUGAAAUGGCAAAUACAUUACCUGACGACGUCCGGCAGGGUCGCGGUGGUUAACGGGUACAUUAAUCCAAUCCUCGCCUUUCAGGCGCAGGUUUACCCUCCUCCUGCGGAAAUCUGGGCGAAGCUGGUGAAGCUGCUGCAUAAUUUCGUCACGGGCAACCAUUCAACGGCAGGGAAGCAUUUUGCUCUCUGGAGCCAGGAGUUGCUGUUCAAAGCGAGAGGGGAAGGCGGGCUCGGUGUCCGGGACCCGUGUGCUGAACUGGGUGGCCUGGCGGCCAGGAGGAUAGCGCUACUGGCAUCACAACCACUGGGUCUGCGUGCCGACCUCGCGCUCACGGCUCUGGAUGUUCCGGACCUGCAGGUUUUUUGGGCUCACGCGGGGCUGAUGAAGCAGUGGGCAGGUCGGUGUGAGAGGUGGAAGCGGACGUGUGAAUUAUUCCUGGAGUCCAGUUUUCCUUCUUGCAUCAAGGCCUCGUCGGUGUGGGAGGUGGAGCAAGAGAUGCUACUGUUUAAUCGCUGUCUGCUUUUGAAUGGGAAGUCCCCCGCGGGUCGGCAGAAGGCGGCUAAGCCGCUGAAGCGCUCGGUGAUGGGCGACUUCAUCAAAAUCGCCGUGGAUGGCUCGAGGGCUCUGAAAAGCCCUCAGGAGCUCGAGCGGGCUUUCGGUGGGUCAGAUGGAGCGAAGCUGGCGAUGAGGAUUUUUGAUGCGGCUCCAAACGAGUGGAAGCAGAUGCUUAUGGCGCCUGUCACGGCGCGCAUGGUGCUCACUGUUUCUAAGUUCGUGCUCAAGGCGGGGACGAGUUACGGUGUCUGGAGGAUUGAGUGUGUAGAGGGCGAAACCCUCGUCUGCCGUGCCAUCAGAUGCUUCCGGGGGGUCUUGGAGGAAGCAGAGGAGAGGAAGCACAACUUUCUGCCGCAUGAGGUGGUGCCUGCUGUGGUCAGGGAGGGGUGGCUGCUUGGUCCUGCGGGUGGUCCCAGGGCAAGAUUGUUGUGCUCCCCCAUCUGGGAGGGGGAUCGGCCAGCGCAGCUGAAGCAACUCAAGGAGGGUUUCAGGCAGUUUGGCGGAAAACCAAAGCAGCAGAGCACGUGGGAGGAAUCCCUCGGCCGUCCGAUUGACUUGGGGAGGGUGAUCGGGGUAAGGGACUCGCCUGCUCUUCCGAAUCGUGCACGUGACGUGAUGCUCCGGAUCCACAGCCGGAACCUGCAGGUGGGGGAACGGUUACAUUUUCUGGGCGCUGGGGUCGCCUGCCCCCACUGCGGGGAGAAAGAGACGCUGGAACAUGGACUGUUUCUCUGCUCGCGCAUUCAGCCGGUGGUUCGGGCACUGUUGAAGGCGCUCCGUAUGUUAAAUCCGCAUCGGAAAAUUGAAUCUCUGGGUGACGUGGUCUUCAGGAAGGAGGGGACAGCUUCGGGAUUCCCCGAGGCUACGAUCACAGCAAUCGUGUUCCACCGAAUUUGGGUUGAAAGGUGUGACGCAGUUUUCGAGCGCAGUAAAUUCCGGGCGAGGAGGGCUCUGCGGAGGAUUGCGGCGUCCUUUCAGCUGCAUGUCAGGAUCUACAAGCGUGCUAAGGCAGUGUCUAAGAGGCUCGGUGCCAUUCGUCCUGGUCUGGAUGAUGACGAGUGCCGGGUUUUGGGCCGUAUCAUGGACAACUCAGCUCAACCAGCCACGUGGUCCAAGGGCUUCAUGGCCAUCUGGUCGGACCCGAGGGCUGCUUUCCGUCCCCCUUAG